AUGACCUCAGUAGAUCCAGCGACAAUCUGCACUGCAUUUCCCUUGUGUUUGAUAAGCAUUCUGUUUGGACAACACCAUUCUGGCAACCCCUGCAAACCUAUGGCAGACCGCCUCCACUCCCGCGAAGGGUCUGACACUUCUCUCAACGGAGCCUCCCCGCGAUCCAGCACCGAGUCCCGCUCUCCCUCCGCACGAAACACACUCCGCAUUUCCCACAUGUCGACCCCAAACCACCAGCACAGGCAGAGCUUGAGCGAGACUCUCCGUGGUCCACCUGGGUCCCCGCGGGCUCGCCGACAGCCAUCUCUCCCCCAGUCCGCUAUCCAGAGCCUGAUCGACAACCCCCCGCCACCCAAGAGCAUCGACCCUGCUUUCGUGGGUCGCGAUUGGAGACACAUUUCAAUUGGAGAGCUGGUUAGCCCGGAUGAAUUGAAAUUCGUGGAGCUUGAUACUGGUAUCGAAGAGGCGACUAAUAUCUUGAUCGAUUCCGGCGCGCCUGUCUUGUUGAUCCGCGAGUCAGUCAGUGACACCUCUGCAGUCUCUACAUUCGAUUACUCGGAUUUGAACUCUUACCUCCUGCUUGCCGCGGGUCUUACUUCGCCCGACGAGGAUCACCGGGCAUCCUACGAAGAGCUAGCAAAGAAAGCCCAAAAUGGAGUACCGAUUCCGCUAAGGGAUGUCAAGAAAUUUGGCAUGGAAAAAGAACCACUCAUCAAAUUGCCCGCUUCCGCCAAUGUCUUGUCUGCCGUGGAAAUCUUCGGCGGUGGUGUCCACCGGGUCGUGGUCGUCGAUGAGGCCAAUGACCAAAAGGUGGUGGGCAUUUUCAGCCAGUUCCGACUGGUGAAAUUCCUUUGGGAAAAUGGCCGCAGCUUCCCAAUCAUCGAGGAGCUUUAUCCACAGCCCGUCAGUGAUCUAAAGAUUGGGUCUACAAGUGUGAUUUACAUCAAUGGUGACUGUCCUCUAUCAGAAGGUCUCCAUGUCAUGAACAAUGAGGGUGUCUCAUCAAUUGUUGUUGUCGAUAACCACAUGAAUGUGCUUGGUAACAUAUCUACAGCCGAUGUCAAGCUCCUUACUCGAUCUUCCUCCCUGCCUCUUUUACAAAACACAUGUACACACUUCAUCUCCGUUAUUUUGUCCACUCGUGGCUUAAUGGAGGGCAAAGACUCGUUCCCUGUCUUCCACGUCAACCCAGGAUCGACACUGGCACACACAGUGGCUAAGAUCGUGGCCACUCGAUCUCACAGACUCUGGGUGACUGACCCAUUAUCCCCAUCUUCUUCUGGGCCACCAACCCCAUCCCACUCUGCAGUACACAUUCCUCUAUCUGGCAGUGUCAGUCAUCCACCUGCUGCACCGCACACUGGAAAUUCACCCCCUCCAUCACCUCUUCCGGUUCCGACUGCACAACCUCCUCACCACAUCCCUCCCCAUCUCGCAACUCCUGUGGCGCCCUAUACUGUCCCAGGUACAGGCUCACUAUCCUCGUCAGGCGUGCCUGUCCCGCCACCUCUUUCACAUUCCAUCCCCUCGGCAGCGCUCGAUGGUGCGCGAUUGUCAGGGCGUCUCGUGGGAGUGAUCAGCCUGACUGACAUUCUGAACCUACACGCCCGAGCGAGUGGUCUCAAUCCCACCGACCCCGCCGAAACCCGUAGCCGCCGCAGACGCAGUAGUUCGUCCAGCCAAAGUGUUCGCCGUAGCGGUGAUAUCGGCCGUGAGCUUUUCAGCCGUGGCAUGUAA